AUGGAGCUGGUGGACAAGGCAUCGGUAGGGGAGUCGAAGCUCAUCCUCGUUCCAAAGACAGGUCAGAACGUGGCCCUUGCAGACGGUGCCCUCGCCGAUGUGUCUGUAAAGUUCAACAGUGCCCUGGCUGGGGGGCUGGCCUUUUGGCUGGAGGUGGGCGGCAGCCCAUCCACGCCCAUGAACUGCUUUGAGAAGGUUCCCACAGAGCCCUACGUCUGGCGCGGUGUGCCCGAAGGUAGCCAUUUCAUCCGAGCAGUGCUUUGGAAGACAGCAGAUUCCUCGAUGCAGCCCAAAUCCAAAGAGGAUCUCGAAGGCGCUGGCCCCUUCGAAGUCACGCACACCGAGAAGGUGAAUUUCUUUGUUCACCGACCUGAAGAUUUCAAUCCAAGCUACGACUGGCGGAAAGUGGACCCUUGGCAUCGCCUUCCGGAAGGUCUUGAGAUCUCGAUGAACUUGCAAGAAGGCGGUAGCCAAGCACGGAUCCCACAACCCUGGCACUGGGAGCCUCGAGUGGUUGGCCAGGAGGAAAGGCAGCGUGUCGCAGUCAAUGCCGACACGACGAUGUCCGACAUCCUCCAAAGUCUAGGACUCUCAGACUCUACGCACGAAGUGGUGUGGUGUCAGGAGUCUGGCAAACACGAGCGCGUGCUGCAGUCGAAUUGGACAGCUGCUCAGGCUGACCUCUUCAGAUAUCAGAAGCAGAUCGUGGUCCGCAGAUUUGCCACGCUCGUUGACUAA